AUAUACUGUGGCGUUCCUCCACCGGCUUCCACUCCAACUUCAGCCAGCAGGAAGGCACUAUUGAACUGUUAAAACCGUUGCUUGUCGGCAAGAGUAAACCAACACUUUAUUUCAAGGAUUCAGAUCUAAUGGGAAAACUCUUUGUAAAUGCUUUUAAAGAAUAAUCACUUGAGAAGAGCGCACACUGGCUACUCAGAGGGGAAUGGCCUUGAGUCUUAUCUGAAAGGAUUCAACUUUACAGGAGAACCACCUUGGCUGCUCUGUACCUGAUUAAAAAAAAAAAAGAAUUCCAUAUCUUUCUUAUCCAAUUAUUUUGCAAUCCAAAGUUGGAAUCAUGAACUCUCUCACUCCCUCUGACUUUGACUUCACCUUCCUGGAGGAAGGUUUCAAUGCCCGGGACAUUGUGGAGCAGAACAUCAAUGAAUUGUCCAUGUCUGAUGACAAGGAUGCCUUCUAUGUUGCUGACCUUGGGGAUGUCUUGAAAAAGCACCUCCGCUGGGCUCGAGCCAUGCCUCGGGUUCAACCCUUCUAUGCUGUUAAAUGUAAUGAUGGCAUGGCAGUGGUCAGGACCCUGGCUUCUUUGGGAGCUGGUUUCGACUGUGCAAGCAAGACUGAGAUCCAGCUGGUGCAGUCUCUGGGUGUGGACCCCACCCGCAUCAUCUAUGCCAAUCCCUGCAAACAGGUGUCUCAGAUCAAGUACGCUUUGAGCCAUGGUGUUCAGAUGAUGACCUUUGACAAUGAAGUGGAGCUCAUGAAGGUUGCCCGCUUCCAUGACAAUGCCAAGCUGGUUUUGCGCAUUGCCACGGACGAUUCGAAGGCUGUGUGUCGCCUGAGCAUUAAGUUCGGGGCCACGCUGAAGAACAGCCGGUUGCUGCUGGAGCGUGCACGUGAGCUGGGUCUGGAUGUCAUUGGUGUUAGCUUUCACGUGGGGAGCGGCUGCACUGACCCUGAGACCUACACCCAGGCCAUUUCUGAUGCCCGAUGUGUCUUUGACAUGGGGGCCGAGAUGGGAUACAACAUGACUCUCCUGGAUAUUGGGGGUGGCUUUCCUGGAUCAGAAGACACCAAGCUGAAGUUUGAGGAGGUCACAGUUGUCAUCAACCCUGCACUGGAUAAGUACUUCCCUGCUGACUCUGGGGUGAAGAUCAUCGCUGAGCCCGGCCGCUACUAUGUAGCCUCAGCUUACACUCUUGCUGUCAACAUCAUUGCCAAGAAGGUUGUGAUGAAUGAGCAGUCUUCCUCUGAUGAGGAAGACGAUGCGACCAGUGACCGUACCGUGAUGUAUUACGUUAACGACGGGGUCUAUGGGUCAUUCAACUGCAUUUUGUAUGACCAUGCCCAUGUACUACCAACCUUGCACAAGAAACCCAAGCCGGAUGAGCGCUUGUACCCUUGCAACAUAUGGGGCCCAACUUGUGAUGGCUUGGACCGCAUUGUGGAGCACACAAUCCUGCCUGACCUGCAGUUGGGCGAGUGGUUGCUGUUUGAGAACAUGGGUGCUUACACAGUGGCUGCUUCCUCAACCUUCAAUGGCUUCCAGAAGCCAGACAUCCAUUAUGUCAUGUCCCGUGCGGCCUGGCAGUGCAUGCAGCAGAUCCAUGCCCAGGGGAUGCCCGCCCCAGCGGAAGAGUUGAGCCAGGGCAGCAUGCCGUCCGGCUGUGGGCGUGAGAGCGGCCUUGAACUCCCAGCCAAGCCCUGCCCCACACAUGUGCUCUAAACCCCAACCCCCAACCCAAACACCAGCACCACCCCAUCCACCAUGCACAUAGUAUUGAUUCACACAGCUCACUGAUAAAACAAUAUAGUCUUACAGUGAUUUAUCUCAUUUGCCAUCAGUUUACCAUACAGUAACAUGACCACAUUGAUGGUCUCUAGACUAAGGUCUCUCAAUCUGCAGUUUCAAGAAAAACCCUCUUGUGGUUCAGGGCAGACAUUUUGUGCAUUUAGUGACCUGGUGUCUGUUUUGUCCAUACUUCUAUGGGGCCAACACUCCUGAUGCAUUGCAGACGCACAAACACGUCUCAUCCUGUGUUCGUUUUUUCCCCCCCUUUUAUUAUCCUGUCUAUUUUUAUACUUGCAUUGAAAGGCCAGUUACUUGACCGAGAACAUGAAGGGGAAAACAUAUGGGCACGGUUUCAUUUCCUAGUAUGAAGGAUGUAGGUUAAAUCCUGAUGUGCAUCUCAAUCUCUAAAGCAUCCCUCAUGAGUACAUGUGAUUUCACUCGAGGUGUGGUUCUGAGGACGGCAAUCCUCAGAGUGCUCUAUGAAAGAGAAUGGGCUGCAUGUCCGGAAGUGGCUGCUAUAGAUGUAUUUAAGUUAUCAAAUCUCAUCUUCCAUACUGAAAUGUGCACAUAUGCCCUUCAUAUUCUCUGAAUUCCUUUCUGUUCUCCUUUUGUUGAAUAUGUAUUUUUAUUCGGUAGUAAGUAUGUCAAUAUUAAUAAGCAAAAGGGUGUAAUUGCUGUCAACCGUGCAUUUGGAAGUGGAUUAUGGAAAAGAUGGGAUUGCAUCUAUAAUUUGCUUUCCUAUGGAAACUUUUUUUUUUAAUUUUUGUAUUUUUUUUAUAAAUAAAAUGAUGUAGAUGCAA